GUUAUGCUAUCCUUCCAUGGCCAGAAGGAUGGACCUGCCACAAGCAAAGCUAGCAGACUUUGGAGUUGCCAAGGUCUUGGAGUCCGAGGCUUCGACUGCUGGAACUGCCACUUUUAUUGGGACGCCUCAUUAUUUGUCUCCGGAAGUGUUUCGUGGUGAAGUCUAUGAUGAGCGCGCGGAUGCAUGGGCUUUGGGAUGUGUUAUCUACGAAAUGGUGUGCCAGUUGCGGCCAUUCCACCGAUUUGAAAGCAAUGUCGCCCUCCUUUCGCUGCGCAUUUCCCAGGGAGAGUAUGACCGCGAUCUGCUUGCCCAGCAAUGCAAAGAUCAGUCGACAGUGCAAGGCUCAGUGGAAGGCCUCCUGCAGGCUAACCCAGAAGAACGGCUGCGGGCGGUAGACGUUAUUCCAGACUGGCUUGAAUUACUUGCUUGCUGCAAUUGGGAUCAGAGUACUUCAACCGCUCCCUCAUGUUGGAGUGAAGUGCCAACCCACCCCGAAACUUCUGAAGCAAGUGCUGCAUCAGCAAGAUCUCUGGAUAGCGACAGCUGGUGCCAUGCCGAACUGCAGACAGGUGGCAUUGCCGAAUUAGAGGCUGCACUGGAGACCGAUCCGUAUACUGUUGGAAUCCAGACUCAGGUGCUAACUGUGCAGCCAGAAGCUCCCACCGAAUCCCGCUUUGGUGGUAUGGACAUUCUUGACUUGCAGUAUGGUGUCGGAACCGUGGAAGCGGCUACUGUCGCGGAUUGUGCCCCGCCGAGCCUGACCUUCUCGGGAAAAAUGGGGAGCGGCCCUUGCUGCGAAGCAUUGCGAGGAAGAUUUGAGAAGUGUCCAGCCGCCACAAUGACAAGCCGCCAGUUUUCGAUGUUUUCCAGUCUGGAAGGCAUGAGCAAAAUCUGCAGCUGA